AUGUUUCGUUCUAUCUACAAGUUACCAAUACAUUUGAACAACCGAUACGUUAUGAAAACUUUAUCUAGGGGUAUAGCUGAAAAGCGUUCGAGUAUGGAAAAAUAUUUCAAAGACAAAAGCUUCAUCGUGACUGGAGCAAGUGCAGGUAUGGGAAAAGUGAUAACUGGAAGAUUAUUAGGUUUGGACGCGCACGUAUUUGCAGUCGGGAAAGAUAUAGAAAGUCUACCGACUAAUCAAAAAAUGACCAAAAUAAGCGUGGACCUUAGUGAUUGGGAUUUAACGUAUUGCAAAAUCUUAGAAAUUGGGCCUGUCCACGGUUUAGUUAACAACGCCGAAGUGGCACAUAUUGAACCUUUUUUGGAAACAACACAACACGGAUGGGAUGAUACAUUAAAUGUUAACUCCAGAGGUGUGGUAAGAGCAAGCCAAGCUGCAGCUAAAAAUAUGAUUUCUGAAAAAAUCAAAGGAUCAAUAGUCAAUAUAUCCUCUACUAUAUCUGAGAGAACAAUACUCGAUCAUGUAUCAUAUUGUGCAGCUAAAGGAGCUUUGAACCAAAUUACAAGAACAAUGGCCCUUGAAUUAGGACCUCAUGGCAUAAGAACAAACAACGUUAAUCCCACUGUUGUAUUGACUAGGAUGGGGAAAAUAGCAUGGUCAGAUCCAAAAAAAUCAGGACCAAUUAUGAUUAGAAUACCAUUAGGAAGAUUUGCAGAACCUAAUGAUAUUGCUAAUGCAGUGAUAUUUCUAUUGAGCGACUAUUCAACAAUGAUAAAUGGCCUGAAUUUAUACGUGGAUGGCGGUUAUAUGGCUACAUAA